UCCCCGGGGAAGCCCGGGGCGGGCGGAGCGGGGACUCGGCGGACUGGCUGGCGGAGAAGGAGGCGGAGGCGGCGGCUGGAGGCGGAGACGAGGGCGCCCGGCUUCGGGCACACGGCGGGGCGCGUCCGGGGCACGUUCCAGGGUGCGCGGGGCAUGAAGCCCGCGGCGCCGGAGACGCGGCCACCCCCGCGCUCGCCCGGGCUCCGCUGGGCGCUGCUGCCGCUGCUGCCGCUGCUGCUGUUGCUACGCCCGGGCCAGGUCCUGUGCACAGGUGCAAGUGCGGCUUUGAGCACUGUACUUGACAUUGCUGAAGUUUCCAGCCCUACCAGUGUGGAAUUAACAUGGAAGCACAACGAUUCAGCGGCUUCAGAGUACACUUACAGAAUAGAGAGUACGAUGGAAAAGAAUCUGACGUUUACUACUGAUAAAAACCAAACGUCAAAUAACAUUACAGGCUUGCGUCCAGCUACUUUCUAUACGUUCUCCAUCACUCCAAUAGGAGCCAAUCAGACCUUCGGAGACCCCACAGACAAAAAUGUCACAACAGAACCUUUGCCGGUGACUGAUCUCCGAGUUGCCUUCAUGGGUGUGACGCAGGUCCUUCUCACCUGGAGCAACACAAAUGGCUCUGCCUCCUACCGCAUGCUUCUUGAAAGCUUUGGAAACUCCCCAGAGCUGACUCCACAUUUACCCAUCAACUUUUCAGUCCUGACGCUGGGGGCCCCGAGUGUCUGUUCUUUCCCAGAGUCAAAGGAGACACAGAAUGGCUCAAUGCUUACAGAAGAUACCAGUGGUAGCAAGAGAAACCCAGUGGCCAGCCUAUGCCAACUCCACAGGCACUUCUUCAACUACGUAGACCCAGCUUCUGUCCUAGAGGUCUUGCUCACUGGGCUAAAGCCGGAUACUGACUACAGUGCUGUUGUUUAUUCUCAAGCAGCAGACGGCACAGAAGGACAGCCUGGGAAUAAAGAAGUGUUUACAACAAAUUCCAGCCAGGUUUUUGACAUCAGAGCUGUGAACAUCAGUGCCACAAACAUGAGCCUGACCUGGAAGAUCAAGUAUAAUGAUGGGCCAUCUUUUCCCUACACCUACAAGAUACAUGUGGCUGGGGGGACUAAUUCUAUCAAUCAAACUGUCAAUAAGACCGAGGCUGUCAUCCAUGGACUCAGCUCGAGCACCUUAUACAACAUCACAGUGCUUCCUUUCUUGGGUCACAUCGAGGGCACACCAGGCUUCCUCCACGUAUAUACUUCCCCUGGUCCGGUUUCUGACUUCCAAGUGACAAAUGUCAGCACAAGGGGAAUUGGUUUGACUUGGAAAAGCAAAGACUCACAGUCAUUUAGGAUCCUUACCAUGCAGAAGGGAAGUGAGAAGACUAAAAAUUAUACAACUGGAAGUCAGAGCUUUACCAUCGAAGAAUUAGAGCCUGGAACCACUUAUCAUUUUGAAAUAUUUCCACGAGGACCAGAUGGGACUGAAGGGCCGUCCAGAACAGUUGAUGGCAGAACUGACCGCAGUGCUGUGAUCGACAUCCAAGUGGUCAGCAUUGGCACCACUGAGAUGCAGCUAAAGUGGGGAAACACAGACCAUGCUUCUGGGUACCGCUACCACUGCCACACAGUUCUGGUGUCUGAGCACAGCCCCCACAAGACCAACAAGACAACCGUUUCUCAGGAAGCUGUCACACUGAAGGGCCUCACCCCAGGCACCUUAUAUAAUGUCACAAUCUUUCCAGAAUUGGGCCACGUCCAAGGUGACCCCAGCUCCAUUGUCCAGUACACACGGCCCAGCAGUGUGUCUGGCAUUGAAGUAAGCACCAACACCACUGUGGCAGUCGUCUGGUGGAAGUCUUUGGACCCGGCCCCUCCUGAGUUUUCCUACUGCCUUGUCUUGAAGGCUGGAGAUGGCAGCAAUGUGACUAAGAGGGUCAUAGACACUGGAAUCACUCCUGUGACAAUCGCUGACUUAAUCCCUGGCUCUUCUUACAAAGUGGAGAUCUUUGCAAAAGUUGGGAAUGUUACAGCAUCACCUGGCUGGAAGUUUUUCUGUAUGGAGCCUGCACCGGUGGCCUUCUUAUACUGUGAGAUGGUCCCUAAGGAGCCAUUUCUGGUCCUGAAGUGGCCCUGUCCCCCUGGCGUGAAUACAGGCUUCGAGCUAGGGGUCAGGAAUGACACUUGGAACUAUAUGACACACCUGGAAAACUGCACUUCAGAGAAUGACACAGAAUGCAAGAAAAAAGUACCAGAUUUGACGUUUUCUACCUCGUACAACAUUAGCAUCGUCACCUUGUCCUAUGAAAGGACGGCACGCCCCACCCAGAGCACCUGCACCACCAGCAUCACAGACCCACCUCCUCCAGAUGAAUCCCCUAAUAUUACGUCUGUCAGUCACAAUUCAGUAAAAGUUAAGUUCAGUGGUUUUGACGCCAGCCAUGGACCUAUCAAAGCCUAUGCCGUCAUUCUCACCACUGGGGAAGCUGGCCAGCCUUCUGCAGAUGUUUUGAAGUACACAUAUGGAGAUUUCAAAAAGGGGGCCUCGGAUACUUAUGUGACAUACCUCAUAAGAGUAGAAGAGAAGGCACGCUCUCUGGGCUUGUCUGAUGUCCUGAAAUAUGAAAUCAAUGUGGGGGACCAAUCCACCACCUUUGGCUAUUACAACGGGAGGCUGGAGCCUCUGGGCUCCUACCGGGUGUGUGUUGCUGGCUUCACCAAUAUUACUUACAACCUUCAGAAUGGUGGACUCAUCAAUGGGAAUGAGAGCUAUGUUUCUUUCAGUCAGUAUUCGGAUGCUGUGUUCCUGCCUCAAGAUCCAGGUGUCAUCUGUGGAGCAGUGUUCGGAUGCAUCUUUGGGGCCCUGGCCAUUGUGGCUGUGGGAGGCUUCAUCUUCUGGAGAAAGAAAAGGAAAGAUGCCAAGAAUAAUGAAGUGUCUUUUUCUCAAAUUAAACCUAAAAAAUCCAAGUUAAUUCGAGUGGAGAAUUUUGAGGCCUACUUUAAGAAACAGCAAGCUGACUCCAACUGUGGAUUUGCAGAGGAAUACGAGGAUCUGAAGCUGAUUGGAAUAAGUCUACCUAAAUAUACAGCUGAAGUAGCUGAGAACAGGGGGAAGAACCGCUAUAACAAUGUCCUGCCUUAUGAUAUUUCUCGAGUCAAACUUUCAGUCCAGACCCAUUCAGCGGAUGACUACAUCAAUGCCAACUAUAUGCCUGGCUAUCAUUCCAAGAAAGAUUUCAUUGCCACACAAGGACCUUUACCCAACACUUUGAAAGAUUUUUGGCGUAUGGUUUGGGAGAAAAACGUAUAUGCCAUUGUUAUGUUGACUAAAUGCGUGGAACAGGGAAGGACCAAAUGUGAGGAAUACUGGCCUUCCAAGCAGGCUCAGGACUAUGGGGACAUAACUGUGGCAAUGACCUCAGAGGUUGUUCUUCCAGAAUGGACCGUCAGAGAUUUCGUGGUGAAAAAUAUGCAGACAAGCGAGAGUCAUCCUCUGCGGCAAUUCCACUUCACCUCCUGGCCUGACCAUGGUGUCCCUGACACCACCGACCUGCUCAUCAACUUUCGUUACUUGGUCCGAGACUACACGAAGCAGAUACCUCCGGAAUCACCAGUCCUGGUGCAUUGCAGUGCUGGGGUCGGAAGGACGGGCACGUUCAUUGCUAUCGAUCGUCUGAUCUAUCAGAUAGAGAAUGAGAACACCGUGGAUGUGUACGGUAUUGUCUAUGAUCUUCGGAUGCACAGGCCUCUGAUGGUACAGACAGAGGACCAGUAUGUGUUCCUCAAUCAGUGUGUUUUGGAUAUUAUCAGAGCCCAGAAAGACUCAAAAGUUGAUCUCAUCUAUCAGAACACCACCGCAAUGACAAUCUACGAAAACCUUGAGCCAGUGAGCAUGUUUGGAAAGACUAACGGUUACAUCGCCUAGUUCCAAAGCAAACCCUUUCUGGAGUUAACCAGACCGUCACACCCACAGUGAAGGAGAAUGCCCUGAUGCGGACAUGUGUUUAUAUGUCUCAUUUCUCAGUUCUUUGUUCUGUUCUGUUAGAACUAACUACCUUGGAGGGCAUGAGGCUGUGCGCGUAAAACAAGGCAGACAGGGAGUUGGGGCUGCCAGGGGCUGUGCACAGGUGGGGACAGGGUGGACAGGUGUGGACAGGCUGUGCACAGGUGGGGACAGGGUGGACAGGUGUGGACAGGUGUGGACAGGCUGUGCACAGGUGUGGACAGGCUGUGCACAGGUGGGGUAUCAAUCAGCUGCAUCCUGAUUACCCAUGGGUUGGGAUGACUUUUUUUUUUUUCCCUUGAGAAUUGUGGAAAAACCAGGAAAAGUGAGCUACGAUUUUAUUUUUCUUUUCCAAACAGACAGGUUUGUUUUCUCCCUCUCUCUCUCUCUCUCUCUCUCUCUCUCUCUCUCUCUCUCUCUCUCUCUCUCUCUCUCUCUCUCUCUCUCUCUUUUAGGGCUUUUCUAUGAUUCACAUGCUAAAGCCGGGAUUAUGUUGGGUUGGAUAUAUUUUAAGUAUCAGAGGUCUAUUUUUACCUACUGUAUCCUGGAAUCUAGCUGAUGGAAGUACAUAACUGUGGGUGUUUAUCAUGCAGGGAGGGGCACGCGGUGCCUUUUCUGCAUGGGUUUCUAUUUGAACAUGUGCCUUUUUUGAAUUAUGCUUCCACAGGCAAAACUCAGUAGAUAUCUCUAUUUUUAUAUUGAAUCUCAUCAUUGGAGUAUACAGAAUAUUUAAAUGGUAACUUAGUAUCAGAGGUUUGCCUUCUCGGUAACAUUCCUGUUCUCGUUUGAUUAGAGGAGGCUUUCUCUGUGACCCAUUUUUUGCAUAGAUUUGUGCUCCAUUGAUUUUCUUUCUUUCCCUCCCAGUUUUCCUCAAAGACUUCUCUUGGUGACAUUUUCAUCCCAUUGCUUGGUUGAGAAUAGAAAUUUAAAAUAUCACCACGAUACUCUCGGUGGGGUGGGGUGGGGUGGGGUGGGGUGGGAGAAAGAGAGAAAUUGUCAUACCAUGGCAUACACCCCUUCCCAUUCUGUCUUCUACUUUCUCUCAUUUGUCUUUGGUAAGAAGGAUUAUUUAAAGGUGCAAUAUGUGACUUAGUGGUUCACGAUGCUCUGGGUUUUUAGUAAUGUUUUACUCAGGUUGGCAUUUUACGUGUGUCUCUGUGUGUGUGUGUGUGUGUGUGUGUGUGUGUGUGUGUGUGUUUUAUAGCAUGGUGACCUGUGAACAUUUCAGUGUGAACUCAGAUUAACCCCUUUUCCCCCUGAAGUCCACUGGCUUUAGACUCUGUCUGCAGUGACACACAUCAUAUCUGCUGUAUAUAUAAAUACUAAACUCCUACACCAGUCAUUCCUAUGAACUGAGGUGUACAAAGUUUGAUUUGUAUCAAAGAUGUAAUUAUUAUUUUUAAAACCUCUUUUCACUACACUGCUGCUGUAAUUACUUUGAGUUUUAAAGAAAAUGUAGAUUUUUUUUGCUUCAGGUGUGUAUUCACCAAGAAUUUUAGGAUUUAUGAGGAUUAUUUUAUUGGUACAUAAUCUGUAAACUUCUCAAGGCAUUAACAUGA